GGUGGUUGGCUGUGAAAGGGGCGGUGAGCGAGGUGCUUAGGUCUCAAGGCGAGGCUUGGCCUCCCCAGCAGAGACGGGGGGAAGAGGCGGCGGCAGCGGCGGCCCUUGGGCCGGCUGGUGAGGCGAUGGCGGCACCAGCCCCGGGGCCUGGCGGAGCCUCUGGUGGCGCUGGCUGUAGCGGCGGCGGCGGCGCGGUCGGCGGCUCGGGAUCCGGGUCCGCGGGCGCAGGGGGCCGGCUGCCCAGCCGGGUGCUGGAGUUGGUGUUUUCCUACCUGGAGCUGUCCGAGCUGCGGAGCUGCGCCCUGGUGUGCAAGCACUGGUACCGCUGCCUGCACGGUGAUGAGAACAGCGAGGUGUGGCGGAGCCUUUGCGCCCGCCGCCUGGCAGAAGAGGCUCUGCGCACGGACAUCCUCUGCAACCUGCCCAGCUACAAGGCCAAGGUGCGUGCUUUCCAACAUGCCUUCAGCACUAAUGACUGCUCCAGGAAUGUCUACAUUAAGAAAAAUGGUUUUACUUUACAUCGAAACCCCAUUGCUCAGAGUACUGAUGGUGCAAGGACCAAGAUUGGUUUCAGUGAGGGCCGCCAUGCAUGGGAAGUGUGGUGGGAAGGCCCUCUGGGCACUGUGGCAGUGAUUGGAAUUGCUACAAAACGAGCCCCCAUGCAAUGCCAAGGGUAUGUGGCAUUACUGGGCAGUGAUGACCAGAGCUGGGGCUGGAAUCUGGUGGACAAUAAUCUACUACAUAAUGGAGAAGUCAAUGGCAGUUUUCCACAGUGCAACAAUGCACCAAAAUAUCAGAUAGGAGAAAGAAUUCGAGUCAUUUUGGACAUGGAAGAUAAGACUUUAGCUUUUGAACGUGGAUAUGAGUUCCUGGGGGUUGCCUUUAGAGGACUUCCAAAGGCCUGCUUAUAUCCAGCAGUUUCUGCUGUAUAUGGCAACACAGAAGUGACUUUGGUUUACCUUGGAAAACCUUUGGAUGGAUGACAGUGGCUUUCUUGGGAUGAAAAACUGAAUGGAGAAGAUACCUGCUUGUGGAAAGUAGAAUCAUGAAGUGACAGUGUCAUACAUGCAUGCCCAAGAAACAUCCUGAAAAACACAUGAAAUUGUUAACUGGAGAAGCAACUCUACAGCAGAGAUUAUCUUAGUGUUUCCUCUUUCUACUGGGCCAGAAAAAUCCUCAGGGUUGCAGUUGGUUGAGUGGGCAGUUGACAUAUGCAUGUUGCAACAGAUUUUGUCUCUAAGUUAGCAAUGUGUUAUUUCCAACUUUUAAGGUGAGAUUUUAGAGAUGCUAUAAAAGGGAUAAGAUAAGGAAAUAGCAAGAUUUUUAAGUAGUGUGUUUGUGAAGAAAGACUGAUCCUGUUUUACAACUGCCUGUUUUUUCUCCAGACCCUUUUUUCCAGCCAGCUUGACUAUUAGAAAAGUAUGAAACUGGUUGGGUUUUAUUUAAUAUUUUUAAUAUAUUGAGAAGCAUGGUCUGCCUGGACUGCACUUCUCUAACAGUGAGAUGUAAAAUUGUGCAGCUAUUUUAAAAGUUGUAUAUAUAAUAAGUGUGUAAAAAAACCUGUAAAAACAAAAACAGGACAAAGGGGUUGCUUUGUUCUAGUUCAAUUUCUUAAAAACCACUACAUGGUACAAAAUUAGAAUAACGUUUAGGGAAAAUUAGGUAACUACAAAGAAGAGGAUUAAGAGGAGAUGUGCUGUAUUGGCUCAUUUUUAAAUUAAUUUGGUUUACAGUUUCCAUAGCUAUUACAGUCUGGUUAUUUUUCUUUUAAUGAUCAAAAUUAUUGUAAAGAUCCCUCAGUCUCUUGAGUUUAAGAUUGAGGGAAGGCAAAUCUAUUUCUAAUCAUACAUGUAUCAGUAGUAAUAAGAAUAAUGUGCAUCUUAUAGUAUCUGGUUUUAUUUUUUGGCCUUCUGAGAAAGUAUCUCAUAACAACACAGAACAUUGCCAUUUGCUCUUACAGGCCUCAAAUAUGAAAGCUGUUAGUCACAGACCUAAGGAAGAGAAUUAAUGGUCCUUUUAUUUUGUAAUUUCAUAAUGCUAUAGAUAUUAUAAUUUUUUUUUAAAUUUUAUAUUGUUUACAUCAUGGCAACAAAUCUAAGCCUCAGACUCUUCAUUGGGGUUAUCAAGAAAAUGUUUACUCACCCACCUGAAACAGUGCCAGCCUGAACCCAGGUUAAGAAUGUUCUUAAUCUCAUCAUAGAUAAUUGCCCCCAUGGGACUUGAAAUAAAAUACCUUGUGCUGAAAACUUCAGGUUGGCAAUAUUUUGAAGGUUUCAUUGUAGAAGAGCUUGACAUUAGUUUUUGACUAAUAAAUCUGAUUUCACUAAUAUUCUUGAGUUAAUCUAACAUACAUGAGCAGAGAUUUUCUUUUGUUAGAAGAGAAACAAACAUCCUUCCGUAUGAAAGUAUAAAUGUAUGGUUUCAGAUGCAUCUUUGUGAUAAGAAUUGACUAAGGCAGAUGAAAUCUUUGCCUUUUAGGUUAUUGUGCGUAAUUUUGUUUUAAAUCUAAUCAAAUUAGAGAUACCAAGCACCUGGCUGGGGUUCUUAACUCCUUGAGAGUUAAGCUUAUCAGUACUCUCAUGAAGCAGGGGAUUUCAGUCAUGAACAAAGCUUUAUUUUUGCCACCUGACAGGUUUACAAAUAUUUAUUGUGUAUUUGGUAUGUUGCUUAAAGGUGAAAUCCGUUAAAAGUCCUUUUCAAUAUCCAUGUCAAGAAGAAACCUCCUGAAAAACCAUAUUUAAUAGUACAGAGUAAGACUAUAUGUUAAAUGUAUUAGAGAAUAUAGCUGCUACAGAAAUUGAUUUUUCUUGGUGUAGAACAACUCAAUUUAAUUGGCAAAGUUUAAAAUUUAAAGAAAACUGGUUCAGGAUGAAGAUUGAUAAAUGAUAAAACAAUAAAGUCCCUUAUGUGCUUGGUCUUUUUUCAGGGUAUGAUAUAGCCAAUUCCAAGAGCGUUUGCGAGAGUUUUGUUUAUAAAUUGUUUUGUCUUAUUAGUAAACAUUCAUUUGUAACAAAGUUUUGAAGGUGCUGAAUGGAAAACAGAAACAUGGGGUUAUUGCACAUUGAACCUAGAAUCAAAUAAUUGCCUAAAUAUUUAACAAAAAGCCAUUCUUAUCUCAAAACUGAAAUUCUCUAAUACGUUAUUUGCAAUUUUAUAGAAUGGAGGUCAUAUUUAGAAUGAGCGUCAGGGGAAUGAAGAACCUUCAUUUGUAACUUGGUAAAGUAUUUUAUUACUGGAUACCAAUAGCUGUACAGAGAAUAUUAAACCAAACUAUUACAAUGUUCAAGGAAAAGGAAUCUCUUUUUCAUUGGUGCUGAGAGAGCAUUCAGGUAGAAGAUGUUGCACCUGAAAGUUGAGUGUCAGUCCUCUAAACCAGUGGUUCUCAAACUUAGCUGUACUUUGGAGUCAUCUACAUUUUGAAAAAUCUUGACGCUUUUAGGGUCUCAUACCCUAAAAUUCUGAUGUUGUUCUGAUGUUGGACAUGGUCAUAAGGAUUUUUUUAAGCUUCCUAGGUGAUUUCAAUAUGCUGCUAAGGUUGAGUUUUAAAUUCACCUUAAGUUUUCUCAUCUGCAAAAUUAAAAAAAAAAAAAUAAUCCCUGCUCCCUUCACUACCUCACAAGUAUAUUGAGGGUAAAGGAGAAAAUAAUGGGAAAGUACUUGUGUGAUGGAUAAAAAGUGCUAUUGAAAGGCAAAGUAGUAUUUGUUGUAUUUCAACUGAAACUAUGAUCAGGAAAGAAAAAUAUGUAAUUGAAUUUACUUUGUUGACUUGGGAAACCGGGAGCGUUCUCUUUGGUUCUUAACUUUAGUGAAGCAUGCAGAUGUGCAAACACUCAAUACUAUUACUCUUACUCAUACUAUGGUCUUCUGUCAUACUUGAGAUAGGCUGUUUUAAUUAUCUGGUUCUACAUAGGAAAGAAACAUUAAGGCUUAAAUUCUGUAAUGGCCAAUGGCUCACAAUUCAUUAAAACUUUUCAUACAAGGA